AUGAUUGUGUACUUUUGCAAUUAUAUCACAGAAAUUAGUUUGUUGUCUAAAAAUACCAACACUUUAUCGAAUAGUUAUUGUAGUAAUACGGCAUCUACUGAUGGUUAUCAAUCACUACAUCCGGCAUGGGGCUACUUAGUUCAUAUCGUACUCAGUUUAAUCAGUAAAGUCAUGAUGGCCAAACAACUCGUUUCGCUGAGCGAAAAAAGCUUGAAAAUAAUAGAAAAAUUUACAUUUUGGAAAACUAAUCAGCCUCUGAGUUCGGGUGAGGAUAAGUGGCGAUGUACAGUUAAAACUUGCACAGCAUUUUUAAAAACGGUAGGUGAUGACGAAAUAAUCACUGAAUUAAAUUUAAACCAUAGCCAUAAAUCUUUAGGUGAUCAAAAACAAUUCGUGACUGGUGUUGUGAAACUCAAGGCAACUGAAGAUAUAUGUACCAAACCUAGUAAAAUAUUUUGUACUGCUAUUAAAAAUGUGCCACUAACGGAACAUUUGCAAGUAAGUGAUGUAGGUAAGUAA